UUUUGUUUGGAAAAAAUUGUUCAUCAACAAUGGCGACUUCAACCCUAAAUCCUAAUGCUCCAAUGUUCGUUCCCUCCGAAUAUCGUCAAGUGGAGGACUUCUCCGAUCACUGGUGGGAUCUGGUUCACUCUUCUCCUUGGUUCCGCCAUUACUGGCUUCGUGAAUGCUUCUCCGAUCCCGAAGCUGACCACGAUUUCUCCGAUACCUACGAUUCUCUUCUCCCUGAUACCGAUUUCAUCAAGCAAGAGGAGAAUAAGAAGGAACUGAUUACUUUGGGGAUGUUGGAAUGGAACAAAUCACGAGUUACAGCUGAAAUUCCAAAGUACGGGAAGAAAGUGCCGAAAAUCGUGAACGUCAAAGUGAGCCCUAGACAUAUUCAGCAGCCGAGAUAGAGCGAAUUACUACUCGGAAGCAUUUGAGUCAGUUAGUAUUGUGUAAAUAGUGCGUUCAACUUUUUUUGUUCCCCUUUUAAUCUUGUUUUUAUCUUUCACUGGUUCAUUUUUUUUAGCAUAAAAAAACUUGUUGUAUAUAUUGCACUUUUCAACUUGCUUUUCCAAUAAAUGGCAGAACAGAAAACUAUGUUAUUAGAUUUAA